GCUUUAUACAAAUUAUAGGUAGAGAAAAAAAUUAAAAAAUUAAAAAUGGCAACAAGGUUUAGUGAUUGCUGCGUUUACCUAGAGCAUAAAGGAGAAAGAUUAAAGAAGUUGUUAUCAGUUUCUGAACCAAUCCUUCAAAAAAUAAAUACUUUUAUUAAUUAUAAAUAUGAUUCAAACCUAGAAGCAUAUUCUACUAUGAUUUCCACUAGUUGUCAAAGAAACCUUUAUCUACUUGACGCAGAAAAAAGUACUGCAAGAAGUUCUUGGUUAUCAAAAGUUUCCAAGAUACACAAAGAAUCAGUAGUCAGGCGUGGUGUCAACAAAGUAGAUUUUGCACAAUCUGAAAUUGUCAAUGACACGAAAGAGAACUUAUGCCAUUAUUGUUUUGGUAUUAUUGGUAAAAAUCUUUAAUU